AUGAUACACCGGGAUUGCGCUUUACUUCUGCUUUCCGUCUGGGCUCUUGGCCAAGUCUCAUGUAACGACUUGAAUCCGAUCGAUCGGGCCGGCAGAAGCUUUGACAUCUUACCGCUGUCGAGACCAGAGAACCAUGAGCGGGAAGACUUUUCAAAUGCCGAGCCACUAUCACUGUUUCCCAUCUCUGCUGGGGAAACGAAAGACGACCGGAAUCGAGCUCAAGCCCAGGUUCCCACCAGUCCGGGACCAUUACUCACCCUUGGCGGGUACCAUGCAGACGAGUACCGUGAAGAUCUUUCGGCCAACAAUGAGCAGUCAACCCCUGAUCACGAACUUCUAUCUCUGUUUCCCCUCGCUCCUGGGGGAGCAAGAGCCGACCACGAACAACAUUGGGACAUUCUCCCUGGCCGGGAAGGCCUCGUUCCAAACAGUCCGGGACCAACCAACUCCGAUAGCCCCAGCUUUCUGAGGUUGGCAACUCGGUUUGACGAGGCCAGGCCGAACUCACCAACCCACAAAGAGAACCGUGAAGGGACACGCUCCGUGUCUCGGAACGAUCUCCAAACAGCGCCGCCUAUGGAUGUGAUAGCUGAGAAGCCUCUCAGCGAUUCCGAAAAGACCAUGCAUGUUCAUCAUUCGGACUCGAGAAGUGAACAAGAAGAAGUAAGCUAUUCCUCUCCCCAAGUUCUUGCUGAAGGAGGCCAUGUUUCAAACAACCCAGGACCAACAAACACCGGUUCCCGGGAAGAGCCUCAGCCAGAAGCUAUCGUGGCGCCGGGGGAGAGAUUAAACAGUCGGAAACGAGUUCGGGAGAGUCUUUCUGAGGAAGACCACGUUCAAAACCGCCCAAGACUAAGUGACUCACCUGAAGAUGGACAUCGCCAAGAUCUUUCCCGCGACGAUAGAGAGCAGCCAGCCCUAGAUGUGGCAAGCACCAGUUUUCCGAGCUCGACAACUCGGCUCGACGCGGCAAGGGAUUCACCAACUCAUGAAGAGCCAGGAGGUCCGGUGUCUCAGAACAACCUGCAAACAGCGCCGCCUAUCGUUGUGAUAGAUGAAACGUCUUCCAGUAGUGAAGAGACCAGGCCUAAUCCUCAAUCGGGCCCCUCUUCAACGUCAAAAACAAGAAAUGAGCCAGAAAAAGUAUCUGACAAGAGUCUCGCGGCCGGAGGUCACGGCCCAAACUCUCCCGGACCCAUCAUCACCAGCACUCGUGACAAGCCCCAGCCAGAAGUGAUCGUCGUCUCUGAGGAAGGAACAAGCAGCCGGAAACGAUUGUGGGAGAUUAUUUCCAAGGAACGAUAUCUCCUAGAACAACUGCGGGACAUCAGAUUACUAAAGAGCAAAGCACUGCUGGAGGAGCGUUGGGUCAGAAGACGACGGAGGCGAUUUCCCGGGCUUGAUGGAAGCCGCAGGUCUCCAAGCUCCACAUCUCGGCCCGGCAGGGCCAGGCUGGACUUACCAAACCCCGAAGAGCCAGGCUCGGUGUUUCGGAACAAUGUACAAACAGCUGCACCUAUGGAUUUGACGGCUGUAAAUUCUCUCCGUCACUCUCCAAAGACCACAUCAAAUGCCCAAUCGAGCUCUCCUCCAAUACCAAAAACAAAACGUGAACGAGUAGAAGUAAGUUCUUCUUCUCUCCAGAUUUUGGAAAGAAUUAUCAAAGCGAGCUCUACAAUGGACCCCACCGAUGAUUAG